UCGCCCGGGCACGCCUCUCCGUCAGAACGCGGAUGUUUGUGGAGGUUAUAAAGCCGACCUGACUGCACACAACCUGCAGCAGCGUCAGCUCCUUCAAUCCCGGCGUCUGACUUCUGUCCUAUCCUCAUCAGGCCCUGAGCAUUAUGGUGCACCACAAAGAGUUUGAAAAUGCAGGGUCAAAGCCUGGCCUGCAGGUGUGGCGGGUGGAGAAAAUGGAUUUGGCCCCUGUCCCUCGUGAACUUCAUGGAGAGUUCUACUCUGGAGACUCUUACGUACUGCUCUACACCGGCCCUGGUUUUUCUUACAACGUUCACUCGUGGCUUGGGAAGGAUGCUUGCCAGAAUGAGAGAGGGUCUGCUGCCAUCUUUAUGACUCAGCUGGACGACUUCCUGGGUGGAGCCCCGAGACAGUUCACUGAGUUUCAAGACGAAGAGUCAGACGCCUUCAUGAGCCUCUUCAAGUCUGGUGUUAAUUACAAGCCAGGUGGAGUAGCCUCAGGCUUUAAACAUGUGGUGACCAAUGACGUCAGCACCCAACGUCUGCUGCAUGUCAAAGGUCGUCGGCAGGUCAGAGCAAAUGAGGUGGACUUGUCCUGGUCGAGCUUCAACAAUGAAGACUGCUUCAUCAUUGACUUGGGCAAGACUAUCUACCACUGGUCUGGCAGUAAGAGCAAUCCCUACGAACGCUUGAAAACCACUGAGCUGGCCAUUGAUAUCCGUGACAACGAGAAAAAAGGCCGUGCGAAUCUAGAAAUGAUUGUUGAAGGCUCUGAGCCUGAAGAAGUCAUUAAAGUGCUGGGACCCAAGCCUGACCUGCCUUCAGCAAGCAGUGAUGAUGCCUCUGCUGAUAAGACAAACAAGAACAUUGCAUCUCUUUAUUUGAUUUCUGAUGCUGCUGGAUCCAUGAAAACAACUUUGGUGGCUGAUAAAAACCCAUUCAAACAAGACAUGCUCUCCCAGGAUGAAUGCUACAUCUUGGACAAUGGAGCAAACAAGAAGAUAUUUGUCUGGAAAGGGAAGAAUGCAAACGCAGAUGAGCGUAAGGCAGCGUUUUCUGGUGCAAACAAGUUCAUCCAAGACAAGAAUUACCCCCCAAAUACUCAGAUCAGGGUAAUGCCAGCAGGGGGCGAGACCACCGUUUUCAAGCAGUUCUUCUUCAACUGGUUGGACAAAGAUGAGACCACAGGCCCAAGUCAGGCCUACAUCAUCGGUAACAUUGCCCGUGUGGAGCAGAUUCCCUUUGACGCUUCCAAACUCCACAGCAACACUUCCAUGGCUGCCCAGCAUGGCAUGGUGGAUGAUGGCUCUGGGAAAGUCCAGAUUUGGCGUGUUGAAGAAGGUGAUAAAGCAGCCGUGGACCCAUCCACCUAUGGACAGUUCUUUGGAGGUGACUGUUACCUGGUGCUGUACUCCUACAAUGAUGGGGGCAGAGAAAAGCAUAUCAUCUACACCUGGCAAGGGCAGAAGUGCAGUAAGGAUGAACUGACUGCUUCAGCCUUUCUCACCGUCACCCUGGACGAUUCAAUGGGUGGAGUAGCUACCCAGGUUCGUGUCACCCAGGGCCAAGAACCUCCUCAUCUUGUGAGCCUGUUUAAGGACAAGCCUCUGGUCAUCCACCUGGGUGGGACAUGCCGCGUGGGUGGCGAGAGUGAGCCUGCCAGCACGCGACUCUUCCAUAUCCGCCUGAGCUCCACCAAAGCAACACGAGCUGUUGAGGUGCAGCCCACUGCGUCCUCCCUCAACACAAAUGACAUGUUUGUGCUGAAGACACCUGACUCCCUGUUCCUGUGGAAGGGAAAGGGAGGAACUCCAGAGGAAAUGACUGCAGCAAAGUAUGUUGCUGACCUGCUCGGAGGAACUGUCACUGAGGUGGAGGAGACAGAAGAGCCAGAUGGUUUUUGGACAGCACUGGGUGGGAAAGGAGACUACCAGACCUCCAAGUCCCUACAGAAAACAAUCAAGGCCCCACGACUGUUUGCCUGCUCCAACAAGACUGGCAGGCUGAUUGCAGAAGAGGUUCCUGGUGAGUUCACACAGAUAGAUCUGGCAACUGAUGAUAUCAUGGUCCUGGACGUGUGGGAUCAGAUCUUCAUUUGGGUCGGAAAGGAUGCCAAUGAGACAGAGAAGGCUGGAUCGCCCAAGAUCGCCCAAGACUAUGUGGAUUGCGACCCUUCUGGCCGCAGCGGUGUUGCCAUCACCACCAUUAAGCAGGGGGCGGAGCCAUCUUCAUUCACUGGCUGGUUCCAUGCCUGGGACCCCAAGUUGUGGGACAAAGAUCUUUUGGAGUGUAUCCAAGCCCGUAUCAAAAAGCAGUAAAAAAAACAAUAAACAUAAAAAAGCAUCACAUUUUCUGUUGGACAAAGAAUAAUCAACCUCUAAGCUACUGUAAGUUUGGAAUUUAAAGUUCUGUAUGGUUGGAGAGGAGCUCGGAGAUGCAUGGAGCAUUAAGGUUUUAACUUGCAUUGUGCAACUCUAAUGUACUUAGUAUCUGUUGUGUUACUUUUUUAAAGCAACACAACAAAUUUAUGAUUCCGGUUGUGAAAUAAGAAAAAUACAGACAGAACUUUAUAAUCCACCCUCACAGUAUCUUCCAUAUAUUCAAACCUUUUCUGGGAACAUUUAUGGAAUUUUCUUUUAAACUUGUUUUUGUUCUGUUUUAUGCAUUAAAAUGAUGGAACUGUUUACGAUCAAGUGGAAAAGCAUGAUGCACUUGAUGCAUCAGUUCACUGUGACCUUUAAGGAAGAAUUUUAAAUUUAGAGUGUCAUCAAUGACAUACCGACAUUUUAAUCUUAACAAAUUUAUUUCUGUUUUUGACUAAAAGAAUGUACAUUUUUACACAGAAUUACAUAGACUAGUAUGCAAAGACAAAUUUAGAUUGCGAAUCUUUGUGAUUGAAUUUGGAAUUUGAAUAAAAAUGUUACCCUUUUA